CCUUCGCUCCGGCGGGUGUUUCUGGAAUAAUGCGGUGUCAUUAACAUCCCCUUGGAUGUCAAGCAGCCAGAGUCCGUUAGCUUCAUCAUUAGCAUAACACUGAAGCAUCUCACGCGACAGCGCACACUGUGUUGAACCACUGCAGACCUCCUUGAAAAGUGUUCCUCUUCACCAUUCCCACCGUAAAGAGUCGGAAAAAUGACUACCAUAAACCCCUUAAACGCUACAGAAUGACGCCAUUAAAAGAGAGCGACAGUGUUUGACCAAUCCCACAGUCUUCUUGUGCUGUUAGCACUGCCUCCUCGCAAAUAACAUUGAUACUGUAUGUUUACAGAGCUGACCAGUUAACAGACCUAUGCUGCUGCCUUCAAAUACUUCAAAGACUGUGGGAGAAGCGGGAAAAGGGGUGGCAGCAGUCUCUUUUCUGCCUCUGACUCGCCAUCAGAGAGGAUCAAGAAGAAGAGGUGCAGCACUUCCUGGCGGUCAAUUUGACGUAAACAUACGUCCAAGCUGUAAAUGGACGCAGCUGACGACAUGGAGAGCCUCAACCAAAUCGUGGAGGGUGUGGUUCUAAAUGAUGGAUCCAACGGCCAGCCAGACAUAAUGAGAAUAAAAGAGCAGAUGUUUAACCAGUGCUUUGAAAUGGAAGUGCAACUCAACGCAGGGAAAAAUAAGAGCUCAUGCACUUCAUCUGAAGCAGAAAGACAAUUGCCAGAGAAUGUCAGCGAGCUGGAAAGAGUCAAGAGCAUUCAUUUUAACUGCACCCUGGCUUUGCACAGAAUGCAGAUGUGGCAUGCCAUUGGAGAAAAACUGAAAGAGAAUGAUGCAGAGGCAGUUGAGCUGAAAGCCACCAGUGAUCGCUGCAUGAUGCUUUGCUCCCAUAUAAAACGACUUCAGCAAGAAUCAAGGGAUCUUCAAGAUGAAAUCACAGAACUCCAAAAAAACAGACUUGAGCUGAAACGUCUCACGCAUGAGAAAAUGAAGGACAUUGAAGACCUGAUGGUGAAGAAAGAGCACCCCGAUGCAGAGAAGUACAAAGCCGCCUUGGAGAAAGGCCGCGCAAACCUGGAGAAAUACAAAACAAUUGCUAUCAUGACACAGAAUGUCUUCAGGGGGAUUCUGCUUGCGUAUAGAGUAAACUGGAUGGAGGAUCCUAAACUGAGAGACGUCGCCAUGACCCUGGAGGAACUUCCCAUCUCAGACUAAAGAUGGAAUUCACUUGUCUAUUGUGUACUGUGUAUAGAUAUAAGUAUCUGUCUUGUGUUGCGAGUAUUGAACGAAAUAAAAACAAUUACACUUA